CAAGUGAGUGCUUGCUUUUUUAAUGAUGUAGCCCCCCUUCUUUUGAGUCAAGCUCAAGCAUUUUCUUAUAGAACUCAUCACUUAUAUGUUGAUUUGAAUCACCCAUCUUUAAAUAAUCUCCAUUAGCCACCAUAUGAUUAUAACUUGAAUUUGACCUCAAUGACAUGAAAACCUCAUCAUUAGGAACUGGCUUAGUUCUCUUAACUAACAGAGCCCUUAACUUCCCUCCAUUUUUUAAGCGCUUAUUAUCAUACUCUUACAAUAUCUCGGUUGGUAGAGACCCUAAAACAAUUGCCACGGCUCUUUCUCUAUCUGAAAAUGCAAAAUCAUGCAUUUUGGGUACUCAAAUACAUGGUCAUAUUUGUAAGUUGGGGUUCACUUACGAUACUUUCUCCAUGAAUAAUCUGCUUAAAAUGUACUGCAGAUGUGGGUUUAUGUGUGAAGGCCUUAAGGUGUUUGAAGAAAUGCCUCAGAGAAAUGUUGUAUCUUGGAGUUUGAUCAUUUCGGGUGCGGCAGAGAAUGGGGAGUUUGAAUUGUGUUUGGAGAGUUUUUUGGAGAUGAUGAGGGAUGGGUUGAUGCCUAAUGAGUUUACUUUUGGUAGUGUGAUGAAGGCGUGUGCGGAUGUCGGAGCCUAUCAAUUUGGUUCCGGUGUUCAUUGUCUUUCUUGGAAACUUGGGAUAGAGCAGAAUGUCUUUGUUGGUGGUUCAAUUUCGAACAUGUAUGCAAGGCUUGGGGAUAUUACUUCAGCUGAGUUGGUUUUUGAAUGGAUGGAGAAAGUAGACGUUGGUUGUUGGAAUGUGAUGAUUGGAGGCUAUACUAACUGUGGUCUUGGCCUGGAAGCUCUGAGUGCUGUAUCUUUGAUGAACAGCAAGGGUAUAAAGAUGGACAAGUUCACCAUUGUUAGUGCUGUCAAAGCAUGCUCAUUAAUUCGGGAUUUGAAUUCCGGGAAAGAGCUUCAUGGGUUCAUCCUUCGGCGAGGGUUAACAUCCACCGUGGCAAUGAAUGCUCUCAUGGAUAUGUACUUCCUAAAUGACAGGAAGAACUCUGCUCUGAAAACCUUUAACAGUAUGCAAACCAGAGACGUUAUAUCAUGGAAUACAGUAUUUGGAGGCUUCUCCGAUGAAAAUGAUGCAAAAGAAAUCGUAGACUUGUUUCGCGAGUUUAUGGUAGAAGGCAUGAAGCCUAACCAUAUCACUUUCUCGGUUCUAUUUUGGCAAUGUGGAGCACUACUUGAUUUUAAACUUGGGUUUCAGUUCUUUUGUCUUGCUGUACAUUUGGGUUUUCUUGAUGAAUUUAGUGUGCUAAGCUCUAUGAUUAGUAUGUUUUCUCAAUGUGGGUUAAUGGAGAUGGUACUCUCAGUGUUUGACUCUCUAGUUUUCAAACCUAUAUCUGCUUGGAAUCAGUUAAUCUUGGCAUAUAGUUUGAAUUCUUUUGACAUGGAAGCCUUCAAGACCUUUUCCAAUCUAUUGAGAUUUGGUGUUGAAGCAAAUGAAUAUACUUACUCCAUCAUUAUAGAGACUGCUUGCAAAUCUGAGAACCCAUGGAUGUGCAGACAACUUCACUGUGCUUCAUUGAAGGCUGGUUUUGGUUCUCACAAGUAUGUUUCCUGUUCAUUGAUGAAAUAUUACAUCUUAAUAGGACUCCUUGAAAGUUCCUUUGAGAUCUUUAAUCAACUUGAGAUUGUAGAUAUGGCAACCUGGGGAGCUGUGAUAUCUGCCUUGGUUCACCAAAAUCAUAUAUAUGAAGCCAUUAUGUUUCUGAAUAUUCUAAUGGAAUCUGGCGAGAAGCCCGAUGAAUUUAUUUUCGGCAGCAUAUUGAAUGGCUGCUCUAGCAGGGCAGCUUAUCACCAAACAAAGGCAAUCCAUUCACUUGUAGAAAAGAUGGGAUUUGGCCUCCAUGUGCAUGUUGCUAGUGCAAUUAUAGAUGCCUAUGCAAAAUGUGGCGAUAUUGGGAGUGCACGAAAAGCAUUCGAACAGUCAUGUCAGUCCAAUGACAUUGUUGUAUAUAAUUCUAUGAUGAUGGCAUAUGCUCAUCAUGGUCUUGCUUGGCAAGCAAUCCAAAUUUUCGAGACAGUGAGGAUGACUAAAGUACAGCCUAGUCGAGCCACAUUUGUCGCGGUUAUUUCGGCCUGUGGUCACAUAGGUCUUGUAGAACAAGGCCGUUCUAUGUUUCAAACAAUGAAAUCGGAUUAUAAUAUCACACCCUCUCGGGACCAUUACGGUUGCUUAGUCGAUAUGUUAUCAAGGAAUGGAUUUCUUUACGACGCUCGAUAUAUAAUUGAGUCGAUGCCAUUUUCACCUUGGCCUGCCAUAUUGAGAUCUUUGCUCAGUGGAUGUAGGAUCUAUGGGAAUAGAGAAUUGGGGCAAUUGACCGCUGGAAAAUUGCUUUCAUUGGCUCCACAACAUGAUGCAUCAUAUGUAUUAUUGUCAAAGGUCUAUUCUGAAGGGAAUAGUUGGGAAGAUGCUGCAAAGAUAAGGGAGGGGAUGACAGAUAGAAAGGUUCUGAAAGACCCAGGAUAUAGCAGGGUUGAAAUAUAAGAAAAAGGAAAUUGAAUCAGAUGCAUUGAUUGGCAUUCUCUACAAUUGAAUCCCAAACUAUAUCCGGUGGAACCUUUUGAGUUUUUAAGGGAAAAAUUUUUUGAAACUUAUUGUUUCGAACCAGCUUACAAAAUUCUCGUGUGAAACCUCGACAUGCUUUUCACUUGUCUUCUAUGAAACUCCGCAUUUGUGGCAAAAAUUUCUUUCCAAGAGUUGCCAUGGUCUACACUUAUCACCAAAGUUUCUCAGUGUACUAAAUACAGUGGAGAGAUGAUCUAGCCUGGAUGAAAGCAUCGAACGUCACGAAUCUGUUUCGCAGGACUAUACAGGAUGCAACCUCUCUUGUCGAUGCUGAUAGACAAAUGGAGAUAUGAAUGAACCAUCACUAAGCACAGUAAGUCCUUUGAUAUUCAUUCCUCUUCACUUUUCUUUUUGUGCAGUGAAAUAACAUUUUUUUGUCAUUUUCGUUUGUUUUUGCAUUGGUUAUAAAUCAAAUGUUGGGACAUGUUUGGAGUGACUUUUUAAGUAGUCAGAAACGUAUUUUUAAGCAUUUGAAAAGUCAUUCCAAAUAGACACUUAGAUUUCAGUGAUCUUUGUAGGUUCUUUAUAAUAUUUUCUUGCAUCAGCAGUUUUAAGUGGAUCAGAUGAAUUUAGGCUUCAAAAGCUUUGGUGGAAUGACAGAGGUGAGCUGCAGCUUGCCAAAUUACUUGAGGUAAACAGUUAACACAAGUCAGCAAAAAUCUAAAAACAAGUUGGGUUUUUGGGUUGUAUGGGUUGGGCCUUUUGGACCUAACCCAAUGAGACUAAAAUUGUUUUGGAUCGUUGGAUUGGGCCUGAUAUGGGCCCAAACAAAUCGGCCCAUGGGUCGGCCCAAAGUCCAAAAUGUUGAUUUGUAUCCAAUCUUAAAGAUUGAUGGGUUGGGUCAAGUUGGCUUGUCAAACUUUUAUUUCAAAGUUGGGUAUGAAUUAACAUCUAGGCUUUGAACUGUUUGAUGGGAUUAACUCUCAUUUUUGUUUCUUAUUUUUUUUAAAAAAAUAAAUUUGUUUAAUUGUUU